GCGCACGGCGCCUCUCAUUUCCCGCUCCCUUUGUGUGACCUCACAAUUGGAUACUCAGUGUGUUUCCUAGUAACCACGGGACGCAGAAACACCAGCAACAGCGGGGCCUCCCUGCUCUGUGCCCCAGGCGGGCCGGGCUCUGGCCGCGGGAUGCCGCGCACCCAGGAGGCGACGGAACCAGACGGGCAGCGGGAGGAGAAAGCAGCUGAGCAGGCAAGCGGGAAACACCAGCUGCCGCUCUGCGCCCUGUCCGCCUUCAGCUACAUCCCGCCCGGCCGCAGGGACCCUCCGGAGCACAGCUACUUCCACCAGGAGUUCAAGACAGGGAUUGUUUCCACAUAUGACUCCAUUUUUAAGAGGCCAAUGGGUUACAAUGAAAAACUCCACCGAUGUGACAGAGAACAUGCAAACAAUCGAGGUCUUAACAUUAACGAUGAGGAACUGGCGAGACCCAUUGCUGUUUUGUCCUCUUCAGAAUAUGGGAGACACAUAAACCAGCCUGUAGAGCAGUCGAUCAGAAAUUAUGCAAGAAUUAACCAUGUGCAGGCUGAGUUCUACAGGAAAAAUGGAGUCACCUGCUUGUUGGAAAAACCUUCUCAAAGUCUUGAAGCAUCAUAAAGCUCCUGUCCCCCCAGCCACUGACAUGAACAUAGUGUAACACAGUUUUCACAGCAAUAAGAAAAUGAAGACUGUUUUGCCUUUUCCUGUAAUACUUUCCUUCAGCUGGUCAGUGUGGCUUGGAUAAAAAGAAAAAAAAAUUAAGACAUAAGAGCUGUCAGUUUCCCCAUGUUAGUGUAAAUGUACCUUUACAUUUCAUUAAAAUCUUGCAAAUAA